CUUCUCAACACCUACCCACAUAUACAAUGUACCAAAUAUCAUUACAAUCCAUCUAGAGGUUCAUGUGUUAUGCUGACCAUAAAUAUCCGGAAACACAAACAAACAAAGACACACACAGACACACAUGCACGCAGACAGACAGACACACCGAAAACUAUAUCUCAAUUUUUCAUGGAGAUUAAAAUGAAGAAAGUGUAGGCGGAACGCGCUGCACACUGCAUGACUGAAUGUGUUUAAUCAGGUAUCAAAUGACCUUUCACCCCGCUGUAGCAGUAACCUUUCACCCCUUGCUGCUCCAGGCAGACUUGCAGGAGGAUUGUGUGGAGGUAAUAAUCAUCACUGGAAGCAGGUUCGACAUGGAAGAGGGAGGUAUUGAGUAUCCUACUGCUGUUCACCAGAACUUCGAUGAUGGGUCUCCUGCUGGAUUUCUAUGCAACCGGGAUGCAAGUCAAACCAAAGACCAGCCAACAGCAAGCAAAUCCAGUGCGGUCAGUCAACCGAAAGCAAACACUGGUGAGAAACCCUACAUGUGUGGGGAGUGUGGGUACAGGACGGCAUGGGAGUCUCAUUUAUCCCGACACAUGAGAACACACACAGGAGAAAAGCCAUUCAAGUGUGACCAGUGUGACUAUUCUGCAGCAGAAAAGUCGGCCGUGAAACAACAUCUAGCAAAGCACACCGGUGAGAAACCCUACAUGUGUGGGGAGUGUGGGUACAGGACAUCAUUGAAGUCUAACUUAUCUCGACACAUAAGAACACACACAGGAGAAAAACCAUCCAAGUGUGACCAGUGUGACAAGUCUACUGUACAUCAAUACAGCUUGGAUCAACAUCUAGCGAAACACACUUGUGACAAACCCUACAUGUGUGAUGAGUGCGGGUACAGGACAACUCAGAAGUGUCACUUAUCAGUACAUAUGAGAACUCAUACUGGUGAAAAACCCUACAAGUGUGACCAGUGUGGCUAUUCUGCUUCACAUAAGUCCACCUUGAAGCAACAUUUAGCCAAGCACGCUGGUGAGAAGCCCUACAUGUGUGGGGAGUGUGGGUACAGGACAUCUCGGAAAUCGCACUUGUCCCAACACAUGAGAACACAUACAGGGGAAAAACCCUACAAGUGUGACCAGUGUGACUAUUCUGCAGCACACAAAGGCAGUUUGGACCAACAUCUAUUCAAACACAUUGGCGAGAAGCCCUAGAUGCCUUGGGAGUGUGGAUACAGGACAGCUCAAAAGUGUCACUUAUCCAAUAAUAUGAGGACUCAUACCAGUGAAAAACCCUAGAAGUGUGACCAUUGCGGCUAUUCUGCGGCAAGGAAAUCUGCAUUGGACAAACAUUGUAAAAUACACUGUGGAACAACAGUACAUGCUUGAGGCAUAUUUGACGCGGGAAACUCGUUCCAGUCUUUGAUAGUAAUCUUUAUUAGUACAGUGUAUAACUUUGAGUGGCUUGGUAUACGAGGGAUCGCUGUUGUUGUUUAUAUCGUGCAAUCAAUACAAUGCGUAGAUUGUAGCUCUCAGCAGUCAAUAUCAUUGUUAGAAUAGUCACUUGUUUACACUUGUCACCAUUGUUAUCUAUACCGAAUUACUUUAUGUAUGUUUACUAUAUCUUCUGUAUGCUUCAUGUUGCAAUUAGCCCUCGGGCAAGAACUUGCAAAUAAACUUCUCUAUAUCAGGGGUAUUGGGCAGUUGAUGCCUACCAGAAUGUCAUAAGAUUGGAUUAAAAAUUGAUAUUCAAAUUAGCAGAUCAAAUUACUGGUUAAUAUAUCAAUCAAGCUUUUGCCAAACACCUGCUUUUUGCCUACCAUUGCGUCACCGUGACAUCAUCAUGAUCGCUUGUAUUCCGCCAAGUGUUUGAGUAAGUUGUGAAAUGAGAUGCUGUGACAUGAAAUGUAGUUUUAGUGACUGCCAUGGCUGACAUGUAAGAACAUAACUCAUUAGUGACAUUAGGAAGUUUUGUUAAAGUACAAACUUUUGAGAAGAGAGCUUUUGUGACAUGAAAUGUGAUUUCAGUGAUGUAUGGGAACAUAACUGAAAAGCGAAAAUAAAUAUGUUGAAUAAUGAAAGUGCAAAUUCCACUAUUAAGUUAUGUGAUUGGUUUCAAUAUUGUGCCACAGUAGUAGUCCACUGUGUUCUGCUGCUUCAUUGGGCUAAUAAACACCCUGCAGCUGCUGCAGUCUUUCUUCAAAUUUC